CUAAUCUGUGGUUAUACAGUCUUUGGUUAUUUAUACUAGUCAAAAGUGUUGAAAUAAGUUCAAAUUUUGAAUCGAUAACCGAUCUACGAAGUGAUUGAAACUUGUUUAAUCGAGACAGUGAAACUUUACAUUAUAACUGAUAAAUAAGAUCAAAUAAUUGUGACAACAUGGAUUAUCGACCACGAAGAAGGAAUGAAAAUAAGGGAAGAUAUUCAAAACCAAGUUUCGAAGACAUUAAGAUGAAUAUACCUACACAGCUUGUAGGAAAAGUUAUAGGUCGUGGUGGUUCCAAAAUUAAAGAAAUACAAACUGAAUCUGGAGCCAGAGUUAAUGUUACUAAAGAUACAGAUGGAGAUCAAACAAUUGUAAAAAUUUCUGGAAAGAAGGAGGACAUUAAAAAAGCAAAAGAUCUCAUAGAGUUAAUCACUAAUGAAGUUGAAGUAUUAAGUAUUAAUUCCGAACCAAUUGAACAGCAAAAGGAAGAAGAAAAUUCGGAAGAUGUAGUUUAUAUUAAUGGUUGGAAGACUAAAAAAUAUGAGAACAAUAUAGAUUGGAAAGCUGUGUUUGCAGAGAGUGACAUGAGAAAUAGGGAAGAGUUUGACAGUAUGUAUAUUAUUGUAAAAAAUUUUUAUCAAGAGCAUCCAGAAGUAACUGCAUUGACUGAUGAAGAGGUUGAACAAUUUCGCUUACAGAAUAAUAAUAUUGUAGUUAAAAGAGUGUUUUCUAAUGAGAAUAGUGCGAUAAAGAAACCAUGUAUGAAAUUUGAACAUGCUUUUCAUCAAUAUCCUGAAAUUUUGGAGGAAAUUAAAAAGGUUGGAUUUGAAAAACCAUCUCCUAUUCAAAGUCAAUCAUGGCCGGUUCUUUUGAGCGGGGAAGACAUGAUAGGAAUAGCUCAAACUGGCACAGGAAAAACUUUAGCAUUUUUGUUACCAGCUCUGAUUCAUAUUGAGGGACAAACAAUUCCUAGAGACCAAAGAAAAGGACCUACUGUUCUUAUAAUUGCACCUACAAGAGAAUUGGCACUUCAAAUAGAAAGAGAAGUGAAUAAAUAUCAUUACAAAGGAAUUACAUCCCUUUGUAUAUAUGGAGGAGUGAAUCGUCAACUUCAGAUAAGUGCUUUGAAAAAGGGAGUGGACAUUGUAAUUGCAACUCCAGGAAGAAUGAAUGAUCUUGAAGAAGCAGGUCAUUUCAACAUAAAGUAUAUAACCUAUGUUGUAUUGGAUGAAGCUGACCGUAUGUUAGACAUGGGUUUCGAACCACAAAUCCGAAAAAUCAUGUAUUCGGUGAACCCCAACCGUCAAACUGUAAUGACAAGUGCUACAUGGCCUGACUCCGUUCGUAGACUUGCUACUAGUUAUAUGAGAGAUCCAAUACAAAUAUAUGUAGGAUCUUUGGAUUUAGCUGCCGUACAUUCUGUUACCCAAGUAAUAGAAAUUAUGGAAGAUGACGUGGAAGUAAAAUUGAAUGCACUAUUAGAUUUUGUAAAAGGCAUGACCCAGAAAGAUAAGAUUAUUGUAUUUUGUGGCAAAAAAGCUUGUGCAGAUCAUGUAUCGUCAGAAUUAGCUCUUAGGUAUAUCUAUUGUACCUCUAUCCAUGGAGACAGGGAUCAGUCAGAUAGAGAGCAAGCAUUACAAGAUAUAAUGAGUGGAGAUAUCUCAAUUCUUAUAGCAACUGAUGUAGCAUCAAGAGGAUUAGAUAUAGAUGAUUUAACGCAUGUAAUUAACUUUGAUUUCCCCAAGAAUAUCGAGGAAUAUGUACACCGUGUUGGUAGAACUGGACGAGCAGGCAAAACAGGCAAAUCUAUUAGUUACUUCACAAAAAAUGACUGGCAUCAUGCUAAAGAACUGAUACCUAUCUUAGAAGAAGCCAACCAGUUUGUUCCUGAUGAAAUUUACAACAUGGCUGAACGAUAUGAAGCAAUGAAAGCCAAAAGAGAAUCUCAACCCAAUAGAGGUAGGGGAGGUCGAGGUGGAAGAAGGUGGUAAAUUCAGUAUUGUACAUGUUCCUGUUUAUAAGACUGGUUUUUUUUUUUUUUUUGUUGAAUAUCAUUUUUAAUUUUUCCAGUUAUAUGGUUAUAACAAUCAAUUAAUAUAUAUUUUUGCUAAAA